AAGAGAGUCCAUGUCGUAAUGGCGGUAAAUGUUUUUUUUAAGACAACAGGCAAGAAUAUCAAUGCAACUGCGCGAAAGGAUUCAUGGGAGAUAAAUGUGAGAUAGAUUUGGAUGAGUGCAACACAGGACAUCACAUGUGCCAUCCUAAUGCCGCUUGCACUAACAACGUGGGCUCAUACACUUGUGCUUGUCAGACUGGUUACCAAGGAAAUGGCCGCUCGUCAUGUACAGAUAUCGAUGAGUGCUUAACAAAGAAAUGCGCAGCUGAUGAACGAUGUUACAGUAACAUACAAUCAAUUACAUCAACUUCGUGUUUUAAUACUGUGAAAUGCUCCAGUGGCUACCGAUGGGGCUCAACAUCAUGUAUAGAUAUGGAUGAAUGUAAUUAUGGCACUUACUCAUGCCCUGUUAACACUCACUGUGUAAACACCGCUGGCUCAUACACUUGCAAAUGCAACACCGGUUACCAUGGAGGCAGCAGUUCAUGUUCAGAUAUUAAUGAAUGUACGAACGGUGUGCAYAAGUGCCCAAAUAAUGCACGCUGCACAAACACUGUGGGCUCAUAUACCUGUCAAUGUAGGACUGGUUCUCAUGGCAUUGUUACCGUCCAAACAAACUGUCAAUACUCCAGCUUUGACCGCUUCUGUGGCCGCAUAACAUCCCCUGGCUUUCCUGGAUUGUACACCAACAUGCUAAGUUGCUAUUGGAAACUCUAUUCUACGACAGCAGUCUCAAUCGCUAUUGAAAGCUUUAAUACUGAGGCAAACUAUGAUUACUUGAGGAUCUAUGAUGGUCCUUCUGUUUCAUCUAAAAAAAUCGGUGAAUUUCACGGUUUGAAUCAGAUGGGGACAAAUACAAGUUCUUCUAGAUACCUUUAUGUCACAUUCACAACUGAUGGAUCAGCGCUGAAAACUGGAUUCUCUUUCAUUUAUAAAG